CGAGGGAGAGAGCAAGGGAGCAAGCGAGCCGGAGCGAGAAAGGGAGAGCGCAAGAGAGAGCGAACACGCACACGCGCGCACACACACGCUCACACACACAGACACACACGGGAGAGCUUGGAAGUAAUUGGGCUCCAUGGACGAGAUGCUGCUGCUGGCGAGAUGUCUGGUGGUGGUCCUCGUCUCCUCGCUGUUGAUAUGCUCGGGGCUGGCGUGUGGACCCGGCAGGGGAUUUGGGAAGAGGAGACACCCCAAAAAGCUGACCCCUUUAGCCUACAAACAGUUUAUCCCGAAUGUGGCCGAGAAGACCCUAGGGGCCAGUGGAAGAUACGAAGGGAAGAUCUCGAGAAACUCCGAGCGAUUUAAGGAACUCACCCCCAAUUACAACCCUGACAUCAUAUUUAAGGAUGAAGAAAACACCGGAGCGGACCGGCUGAUGACUCAGAGGUGUAAGGACAAAUUGAACGCCUUAGCCAUCUCGGUCAUGAACCAGUGGCCGGGAGUGAAGCUGCGGGUGACCGAGGGCUGGGACGAGGACGGCCACCACUCGGAGGAGUCGCUGCACUACGAGGGCCGCGCGGUGGACAUCACCACGUCGGACCGCGACCGCAGCAAGUACGGCAUGCUGGCCCGGCUGGCCGUGGAGGCAGGCUUCGACUGGGUCUACUACGAGUCCAAGGCGCACAUCCACUGCUCAGUGAAAGCAGGGCUUCGGGAAAAGAAGCCACCUUGUCAAGAAACUAAACACAAGGACUUGAGCAGCUGCAGCCCACUCCAGCCUGGAGGAAACCUCACUUUUCCAUCUCUCUUCAGGGUUGCCGAUGCCAACGGAGUGUGUAAAAUGUAUGUGUGGCGGUGGCUGCCACCCUCCCUCAUGACUAAAUACAUAUCUAUUCCUGUCAAAACGUGUAUUGGAAUGUACUUGAAACUGUUGUCUUUGUGCUCUCUUGUUUGA